CGACUGCCAUGCCGCUGCGUUCGGUCCUGGUGUUGGCCGUGGCGAUUGUGGGAGGGAGAGCGAGCGAGCAGGCGCAUCCGAACGAUCAUGUGCUCCCUUCUCCUCGUCUUCAAUCACCGUCUAGCAGAAUCAACGCAGACAACCAAACCGACCUCCGAUCGCUCCGCAGUCUUUCCCCGUUCGUUUCGAAGCAGCUUGAGGGCAACGCGGUUGACUUGGACGUGAAUCAAUUGCUGCAAGAAGUUGAUGCUGGAGUUAGCAAGAUGAACAAACGUCAGAUCACGAAAUUCAAGGAGUAUAUGACUUCCAUGAAAGAGUUUGUAAUGAAGAACCAAGCUGCUUCGCAAAAGAAGCCUCAUCUCGAUUCGGCGAAAGUUUUCUAUGAUCCUUCGACACAGAAGCCUCUGGCGAGCUUUGAUGGCUACACGUACUCUGCAAUCAUUUACCAUGAUCCUCCCUUCGUCUCGAUUCAAGACUACUUUGCUAACAGCACAAAUCCUGCUGACCAGGAUCCUGGGAACCUGAAUCAAACAAGAACACCCGGGAACGGAAAACUUUCUGGGCUGAGCAUCGACAUGCUCGGCGCACUGUCAACCACCAUGGGAGUCUCUUUCAAGUACUACUACCCGUGCAACGUCCAGCUUUAUAAUUCUCAGAAGUACUGCAACACGCCUACAAAGAACGAGUCUCUGAACUUGUUCUCUGGAACACCUGGAUAUUUUGGCAGCAUUGCAGAUAUGUGCGGCGCUGAAGACAGGUGUAUGGUUGUUGGGCCAGUUAAGAUCACAUCAGAUAUCACGAAGACUUAUCGAUUGAC